CCGCCGCCCGCCGCCCAGGCCACGCCCGCGCCCCGCACACGCUGACGCGGGGAGGAGGAUGGAGCCGCGCCGUGCCCGCCGGGUCUCCGCGCCACUGCUCUGCUUGGGUUUCCAUCUUCUACAAGCAGUUCUCAGUACAACUGUGAUUCCUUCAUGUAUCCCAGUAGCGUCCGAAGAUAACUGCACAGCUUUAGUUCAGACAGAAGAUAAUCCACGUGUGGCUCAAGUGUCAAUAUCGCAGUGUAGCUCGGACAUGAACAGCUACUGUUUUCAUGGACAGUGCAUCUACCUGGUAGACAUGAGUGAAAAUCACUGCAGGUGUGAAGUGGGUUACACUGGUGUCCGAUGUGAGCACUUCAUUUUAACCGUCCAAAAGCCUCUGAGCAAAGAAUAUGUGGCUUUGACUGUGAUUCUUGUUAUCUUGUUGCUCAUCAUAGUUGCUGGCUCUGUAUACUAUUUCUGCAGAUGGUACAGAAAUCGAAAAAGUAAAGAACCAAAGAAGGAAUAUGAAAGAGUGACCUCAGGGGAUCCGGCAUUGCCACAGGUCUGAAUGGUGCCAUUAAGCUUAUAGGCAGGGAUGCACUGCAUACCUGGUUAUGUUAAUAUUCCUAUUUUAUUAAUAAUAUUUAUGUGGGGUCAUGUGU